AUGCAAGCUCCAUCUGUUUCCCUCCCCCUCGUCCUCUUCGUCGUCCUCCUCCUCCUCGCCGGCUCCUCCACGGCCGCGACCGUCACCGUCACCGCCGCGCCCGCCAUCCCCUCCGACGAGCCGCAAUUCAAGACAACGCACCUCUUCACGUCCGCCAUCCUCAACAGCACCAACCUCUACCGCGCGCAGCACAACGCCAGCGCCGUAUCAUGGAACGACACGCUCGCCGACUUCGCCGCCGACUACCUGUCCUCGCCCGCCUCCGACGGCAGCCAGGGCGGGUGCAAGUUCGCGCACUCGGGCGGGCCCUACGGCGAGAACCUGGCCAUGGGGUACGCCAACGCGACGGCGAGCGUCGAGGCGUGGGGCGAGGAGCGCGACGAGUAUGACUUCAGCAAGCAGGGCUUCCAUGAGGAUACGGGCCACUUUACGCAGCUGGUGUGGAAGAAUACUACGGAUGUGGGGUGUGGAAGGAGGCUGUGCGGCGAGCGUGGGUGGUAUCUCGUGUGCGAGUAUUGGCCGCGCGGGAAUGUCAUCGGGGAGUUUGACGAUGAGGUGGGAAGGAAGGAGGGGGCGGCGGUGGCGGUGCGGCCGGGGGCGUGGAUGGCUGGCGCGGCGGCCGUCGUCGCGAUGUGUAUGAUUGUGUGCUGA